AUGUUGAAUUUUUUAAAUUCAAUUCAAACUCUACUAGUUUUGUAGUUUGCCUUAAACUUUAAACAAGUAAAUUAAGAGAGUCAUCUGAUGCUGAGGCUAACUCCAUAUUAAAUCUUAAUAUGCUAAUUUUCUACAGAUCAUUUAUAGCAUUACCCAGAUUUCCUAAGGCUACUUCAUCUAUUUUAUCACUUUUAGGAAACUUCAAAUUUAAUUCUUCAAUUUAUUUAUUUUGCGCAAUUAUUUUUGAUAGAUUUAUAACUGAUUCUUUUUCUAUAGAAUAAAGCCCUAAAAAUUUUAGGACUAAGCUAAUAAGAUUUUAGUGAUUUGCUAUUGAAUUAAUUAUUUAGCUAACUUAUUCAGAGCUAAAAUAUUCAAAUUUGUUACAAGAAUUAAAGAAAAGUUUUAUUUUUUGGAGUUAAUUUUAGUUUUGAAUAAAAUUAGUUAGUUCUUUUACAUUUGAUAUUCCCUUUCCCAAAGAAUCUAUUUAAAGGUCUAUUACUUUAAGUUGGUUAUAUUCAGGAAUUAUUUUAGUGA